AUGGCUAAAAACAAACGACUUUCUACUUGGUUACGCUCCGGCGUUAUUGAACAAAACAUUAAAGACACUUUAAAGUCAACCUUAGACAAACUAUAUAGCAUCUGCCCGUUAAAUAUUUCUCGAUCUUCGUUACGCGACUCAUUACAUGAUAAUUUGUAUCAUGAUGAAGCCUUCCGUCAAAAUCCGGCUCAUACAAAAAUAUUUAAUUGGUUUGAGGCACUCUCUCAAAAGACUAGGUCAGCUAGGCCAGUUGCGAUUUUCAAGAAGACUAGGUUAUAUUCGUCUGUUGUUGGGCAACAAGAUUCAAGUAGUGCGACUAUCAACAAUUACAACAAUAAUGGUAACAAACGUACUCGUGAGGUCUCUCCGCCAGUAAAGCAAGCAUUCUCUUUUACUGCUAGCGAACAAGGAGCGGUCGUUGAACCGCUUCUUAAUUUAGUUGAGAAAGCGAUUUAUAAAUUUCUUGUUGAUAGUGAAAGUUUUAUUCCCCUCGAUGUGGUGAAAUCCUUCUGUGUCAAACAACACCCUCCUAUUAGUACUGACUUUGGGGACGCCGAUUUGCUAUGUAUGAUAAAUUUUAUUAUAGAGAAUAUAAAGCUUUUUGUGAAACAAAAAAAGCCAUUAUUUCAUGGUCGAUAUAAAGCAAAUCCCGCUGAAUUAUUGAGCAAUUUUAAGAAAAAUGUGCGUAACAAAAUGGCGCACGGAAUUGUCGUUGACGAAAAAGGUCGAUGGAGUGAUCAUGAACUUCAGCACAUCUCUCUUCUAGCUUGUGAGGUUGUAAUUUGUCUUGGUGGAGACUGCAAAGAAGCAUCGUCCAACAAAGAAAAUAUUGAUAACGAACUAGUGCGACGAUGGAUCAAUAAAGCUGAUAAAGAACACUCUCACCCACCACAAAAAAGGAAACUUGACGAUACAAAUUUGGGAAAGAUUACAGAAUUCGUUCUUGAUAUUCUCGAGGAAACUGAGGAGAUAGAAAAGGGGGAUAAGCGGAAGAUUCUAGGAUUGGCAUUGAAUGAAGACGAAUAUAUAAUAAAACUCUGGAGAGCAAUCAAAAUAGAAGAAAAACAAGUGCAAAUUCGUAAAUUUAUCCAAUCUGCGAAUUUGAUGUUUGACGUCGUAAGUAUUUGA